GACAGCCCCGCAGUCUUUUCCUUCCACUCCACUUCAGAAGCACCAACCAGUCUGCCUGUUUCCCACGCCUCCACACCGCAGCCCACCAGAAAAACGUCUUGAAUCAGCAAAGCUUGUAAAAUGCGGAAACGGCCACUUUCAAUCGCCGUUAGUUGGAAUUAUGGUCGUUUUAAACUGGAAUAACGAUGGAGGAUUUAAAUCAACAAGGGCCUCAAACGUUACUUUCUCCCUAACUGCACAAGAAGGGGACGUAAACUUUUCAGUCGGACGGCGCUCGGUUUUUAUAAUGUCAGCGGUACUGAUUUGGUUAUGAGUGUUUUAUAUGAUCGCCUUUUUAACCAUUUGGGUCAUAUAUUGCCAAUGCACUGCUUUUUAUGGACUCUUUUCUUGGUGGAAACACGCUCAAGGAGGACUUCCAGACCUCAGGAGUUCGACGCCAGAAACUGACGCGUCAGUGAACGCCUCAGUUAGCGGUUGCAGCUAACGUCCAAACAUGCCGCAGCUUAAUGGAGGAGACGGAGACGACUUGGGAGCAAAUGAUGAACUGAUUGCUUUUAAAGACGAAGGGGAACAGGAGGAGAAGAGGAAUGCGUCUGCUGAACGGGACCUGGACGAUGUCAAGUCCUCUCUGGUCAACGAGUCCGAGUCCAACAACAGCUCAGACUCAGAGGCAGACAGACGCCCCAAGCCCAAUCCAGAUUUGGAGAGCAGGGCCAGGCAGAGUCAGCUGUUUGAAGAAGUGCUGAGGAGACGGCAGGAUGGAGGUCUCUUCCAGCACUCUCCAUAUGUUGGAUACCCCUUCUUCAUGAUCCCAGACCUCGGGAACCUCUGUAGUCCCUACCUCACCAACGGAGCUCUCACACAAAGUGCCAGGACGUAUCUGCCCUUUCAGUGGCCUCUGCUAGACGUACCAGGAAGAUCAUCUAUCAGAGACUCUGCUACUCCGACACACCUGUCUAACAAUGUGCCGGUGGUGCAGCACCCUCACAUGACCCACCUCCAUCCUCUGCUGUCCUACAGCCCAGAGGCCUUCUCCCCUCAGCGGGCCUCUCCUGGCUUCUCCCCUGACGCAGCUGGUAUGUCGAGGACCCCCCACGCGGCCUGCUACCCCGUCUCUCCCGGAGGCAUGGCUCAGAUCCCGCACCCUCUUGGAUGGCUGCAGGGACAGUCGAUGUAUCCCAUCGCAGGGAGCUUCUCUCCUGCGGCCCUCGCUAUGAACGCUUCCAUGUCGAGCCUGGUGUCGAGCGGCUUCUCUCCUCGUUUGGUGCCGACCCCCCAGUCGUCCAUUCCCCAUCCCGCCAUCGUCCCCACGGGGAUCAAGCAGGAGCCUGGAUGCAGCAGCCAGCCUGGGAAGUCGAUGCCUGAACCCCCGCCAGAGAAAGAAGACGAUAGGAAGCCUCAUAUCAAGAAGCCGCUGAAUGCUUUCAUGCUGUACAUGAGGGAGGAGAGGCCCCAAGUGGUCGCUCAGUGCAAAGUUAAAGAGAGCGCGACCAUCAACCAAAUACUAGGACAGAGGUGGCAUUCGUUGUCCAAAGAGGAACAGGCCAAAUAUUACGAACUGGCUCGCAAAGAGAGACUCCUCCACUCCAAGCUGUACCCCGGGUGGUCGGCCAGAGACAACUACGGUAAAAAGAAGAAGAGGAAGAGGGCUAAGAGUGAAACUCAGCCUGAAGUUCCGCCUGAAGAGGACUUCCCCCCGCAGCUGAAGAGACCUCGUGUGCCGUCCGAGGAGGCGCCUCACGCUCACGCUCAGCUCACACAGACUGCGCACGCACACCCCCGCUCCCACCUGACACAGCCGCACACCGUCUCCCACCUGACGCACACACACCUGUCCCAGGCCAGCCCCGCCUCCUCCCUGGACUCCCCGGCGACGCCGACCACCGCGCUGGCCUCGCCGGCGGCGCCGGCUCCAACGCACACCGAGCACACACACUCCUCCUACAGCCACAGUGGACACACGUCGCCGUACGCCGAGCAGCUGCAGCCGCUGUCCCUCACCACCAAACCUCACAGGACCGCCCACCCUCUGAGCCGACACGCCGUCACUCCAGGACCCUCCACGCCGUCGUCCUCCUGCGACACGCCCAUCUCCUCACCCCACAUGGCCUCUUCCAGGUGUUCACCCCCUCCUCCUCCUCCUCCUCCUCUGCUCUCUCAGCCCUUCCUCGCCCCGCCUCAUACCUCUGCCCACCAAUCAGCAGCGAGCUCCCACGGUGCCUUAACUCAGCCGUUCUCACUCAGAAGAACCAAUCAGCUGUGAGGGGCCGUUUUUACUUUGUGAAUUCAUGAAAUCAAAUAAAAAAAACAACAGAAAUCACGUACAGCUAAACCUGAUUUGUACCUCUUUUUAAAGGCUGUAGAUAAGCUUUCUUUUUUUAAACUUUUUUAAUGGAUGUAUCACGUUUUAUACGAGUAUGAAAAGGACAUAAUUGGUCAAUAUUUGACUGCUUCUCUAUCUUCAUGAAAGGGUUUUUUUUUUUUUUUUUGUU